UUCCACUGUAACUGCAGAGGAAAUCCGAAGAAGUUAUGUUCCAAUUGAAUGGGCGGUGCAUUUACCUAGUGGGAAUGAUGGGCUCUGGAAAGAGCACGGUGGGAAAGAUAUUGGCUGAAGUUCUGGGCUAUUCAUUCUUUGACAGUGAUAAGUUGGUAGAACAAGCAGUUGGCAUGCCUUCCGUUGCUCAAAUAUUUAAGGUUCAUAGUGAAGCGUUUUUCAGAGAGAAUGAGAGUAAUGUCUUGAGGGAUUUGUCCUCAAUGCAGCGAUUAGUUGUUGCAACUGGAGGUGGUGCUGUUAUUAGGCCAAUCAACUGGAAUUACAUGAAGAAAGGUCUAUCUGUUUGGUUGGAUGUACCUGUGGACGCACUUGCAAAACGUAUUGCUCAAGUGGGGACUGCUUCUCGUCCUCUCCUAGACCAACCAUCUGACGAUCCAUACACAGCGGCUUUCACGAAACUGAGCAUGCUUGCGGAGCAAAGAGGUGAGGCUUAUGCGAACGCCGAUGCAAGAGUGUCUCUUGAAGAGAUCGCAGCUAAGCAGGGCCACGGUGAUGUUUCUAAGCUGACACCGACUGAUAUCGCCAUCGAGGCGCUACUCCAGGUUGGAAACUUUGUCAAUGAACAUCCCACAAUCCAUAGCCAAGUGGGCGACUUGCAAGUUGAUUCACAUAGCCGUAGGGUCCAAACCUUGUAGAAUUUCGACCAUGUGUAGCAAUAGAAUACAGCCACUCUAAAGUAUUUGUUUGUUCUUCAUUCUGAAAUCUGGAAAGGGAUCAUAGAAUGAAAGAUACCCUACCUGCAAAAGGGUGGACUAUACAACAACUGAUGGAUGGAGCUAAUGAGAGAAGCUCCACGGAUGAAAGAGGUUUUUACAUGCUGGUUUUCGGCAA